AUGUCGCACAGCAGCGAGGGCAGGCCCAAGGGCAUUCUUAAAAACUCAUCCAGCUCAAACAGCAUCCCCCAAGCGCAAGCGCAAACUACUCACUUUCACACCCCCACCCCCGAAAUCCACCCCACCGUGCACGUCACCGACACCAAGGAAAUCACUCUUCAAAACACACUGCAGAAUGCAGGCCGUCGUCGGUCCUCGUCGACUACCCGGCCCGGCUCCUCGUCUCGCCGACAAUCCCUGGCUAGUAUCCACGGGCACGAUGACAACUCGCCGCGACUCAAGUGGGAUGAGGCGAACAUUUACCUGACGGAGCAGGAGAAGACGGCCAAGAUGAAGAUCGAUGAGCCCAAGACCCCUUACGCCCCGCAGUACGACCCCGCCGAGGACGAGGAGGAGAUGCAGCUGGCCGAGGCGGAGGAGUCGCUGAUUGAUGCGCAGGGGGUGGUGGUUGAUGAGUUGGAGAAGUCGAAAGUGCCGUAUAAGAAGGGAGUGUCGGAGGAUGAUAUUCCAGAGCUGGAACUGGGUGAGCCCGAGGAGGAAGUUCCUUCUGGGAACGCGGCGGGGGAUCAGCAGGAUGGUCGGGUUUUCCGGGCCCGAAGUCUCAGUAAUGACUCGCACAAGAGUGAGAAGCACGUUGUUGUCGGGACGGUUGGUGCCAAUGGAGCGGGGGAGUCGGAUGCGGAUCACUUGUUGACGCCUGAAGAGGCCAAGGCGAAACAUGACCAAUUUGAAAAGCAUCGGAAGCAGCAUUACGAGAUGAGGAACAUUAAGGAGCUUCUUGCCCAUCCUGAGAACCUGGACGAGAUGGACGAGGACGACGAUGACGAAGAAGAAAGUGCCGCUCCUCGUGUUCCACCCCCGGUGCCGAAGAUUCCGGAACAAUUUUUGAAUGGAGGAAGAUAA